AUUGAUUGGAAAUUUGAAACAAAAAUAAGAAUCUUUCUCAAAAUUUGUGAGCUCUAUUUUUGGUGUAUUAAUUUUAUUUGCUCAAAAAAUGUCACGCCACUCGUCUCCACAAAGGCUAGAAUCGAUGGACAAAAUCAGUAGUAGCAGUUCAAACACUUCAGUUUAUAAUAAGCUGUCAACCACGUUGGAAAUCGAGCAGAUUGUGAAGAAAACUUUGGAGAAGAUCCAGUCGAUUUCAAAAUAUGGUUGCGCAAACGUGGAUACUCUUAUGGAUCUAAUAAUGCCAGCUGUCGGACAUAAAUUGAUGUCAUUUGAGAGGCUUCAGCAAGAUAUUACCAGUAUCAGAAGCAAUCUUGAGUCUUAUAUGAAGCACAUCGAUACUGUGGAUAAAGAUAUAGCUGACAUUUAUUUGGACUUGCACACUAUCUACAGAAAGAUUGAGCGUAUUGAUGACUCCACUAAGCUGUGUCCUGCCAAAAGGGAGGUAUUGAAUAAACGGGUGAAAGAAUCUGAGGACCUGCUCAGGCGUUCGCGGCACUAUCUGUCCAACGAUCCUAAACAGCUGAGUUCCGAGCUCAAUGAGCCUCCAAUGGAGCCCCCUACUGAUCCAAAGGUAGGUGACCUUUGAGGUUUAAAGGCGAAGUGACUUCUAAGGAGGACUGUUGCAGUAGACAUUAUAAGAACAUAGUCACGGAUCGGGACAAGAGACUUACUCCAACCCAAGCUAAAACUAAAAGGUUUAAGGACAAAGUGACUUCAAAAGAGGCCUCCGACAGUAGCCAUCAUUAGCCACGCAUUUCUGCCCAAUAUGAUGCUGUCCCAGCAGUCUGAGUAUUCAGACUAGGAUGUCAUCCGAUAAAUAAUAGAAACAAAAAACCUAUAGAUAUGAUGGAUUUUUUUUUCUUUAGUUCCAGUAAAAAUUAUAUUGUGAAAUAGUCAAAGAGAUAAUUUAAGUAAAUCAUAAACUCCA